AUGACUCCUCUCCCUCUCUUUCGCCUACCGAGACUUGCACAGAUUACUGUUUUUCAAUGCAUGCAAGGCAUUGAAAUACUCGCAUUCUGUCACGUCUCCAAACGAACCAGGAGUGUUGCAAAGUGUCUCAAAUUGAUUUCUCCCAAAUAUUUCGUACUGAAGCAACAUGCUUCGUUCAUGGAGAUCAUACUUAAUUUCAUCAAGCGUCCAACAGUUAGAUUAUGCUAUUCGAAGGAAAAUAAUUCAGUGACUCUUCAUACCGGAAAAACUACUUGGACCAAUAUUGGAUUUUCAGUGGCGGAAUGGACAAAACGGAUGUUCGAUGUGUCAAACUGUGAUAAAUUCGAGACUGUGAUGCUCCAUAAACCACCGGAAUUAGACGAUUUCUUCUCGAUAUUCUCAGAUCACGCGAGAAUUGAAAAUCUGAUUCUUUUGUCAGGCUUUAUCAAUAGUUCUGUCAAUCAAGUUGUAGAAACUCUUAGGCCAAUCACUUCAAGCAUCGAGUUCUUCUUUUCAAAAAACUCAUUCAAUGCAUCCGAAGAUCUCCGGAAAAUUUUGAUUCAAGAAAUUGAUUCUAUGGAGAUUCAUAUCCGUGGUCAUCCCUCUUAUUUCAAUCUGAGUGACCUUCUCACCUCAAAUGCCGUAAAGCUCGUAUUGAGAGGUGUGACAUUGACUCCCAAGGAGUUAAACGAGUUUUUCAAGAUGUGGAAGAGAACCGAGUGUAAUUCCCGUCUGGAAUAUCUGACAGUUCUACUAUACGACGUAAAUUUUGAAGACGCUAUACUCAGUGGACUGGAUUCGGUUAGAGUCCCUGAAGGGAGUCUCCUCAGAUACAGUAAUAGUGGGUAUUCUGACAAUAUCGGGGGAUUUGAUAUCAAAAGAAUCGAUGGAAAGAUUGGAACUAUCAAAUUUGGACUCAAUUUUGUUAACUUUUAUGUUUGGUCAUAA